GAGCUGCGAGCCGCUUAAUGUCAGAGUGAGAGCAGGAAUGCUGUAGGGGUUCGAAGCCAGGGGUGACAAAAGAGAAGCAGAGGCAUCAGCUGGGACCCCAGUGGGAACAAAAAGAAAUAAGAGGAAAGUGGUAGCUGGAAGACCAGGCUAAGAGGCGAGCUCUGGGUUGUCUGGGAUUGAUCCACGGUGCUCCCUUUCCCCUGGUUUAGCGACCGAGUAGCUUACUCAAGUCGGUUGAGUUUCUUUUGGAGAUUUUUUGGGGGAUUUUUGCUCUUGUUUUUCUCAUUUUGGGAGGGGGCGGUCCUGUUAGCACCGGGUCUUCCUUAACGUGGGGCCAGAGUCAUCCUGAGAGGGAGGCAGAGAACCCCAGGCACCUGAAUAGUAUAGGGAGGUAGGGAUCACUGGGGGGACUGUGCAAUUUGUAGACAUGGUGAGUGUGACUUCAGUUCCCUCCACCGCGGAAGGGCAACAUCAGCAGUCUGAAAGGGAACCCACUAUAGAACCCAGUGAUUCGACCACCGGAGAAGUGGUGAAGAUCCAGGUGUCCCGGCUGCGCUGGGUGAUCGUCCUGUUGUUCAGCUCCUAUUCACUCUGCAAUGCCUUCCAGUGGAUCCAGUACGGGGCCGUUAGCAACAUUUUCAUGCACUUUUAUGGGGUCAGCGCCUUUUCCAUCGACUGCUUGUCCAUGAGCUUCAUGGUGACCUAUAUCCCACUCCUCUUCCCUGUGGCUUAUCUUCUGGAGAAAUACGGCUUACGGACCAUCGCGCUCUUGGGGUCAGCACUUAACUGCUUAGGGGCCUGGGUGAAAGUGGGCAGCUUGAAGCCCCAUCUCUUUCCAGUCACGGUGCUGGGGCAGUUUAUCUGCUCCGUUGCCCAGGUCUUCAUCCUUGGCAUACCCUCCCGCAUUGCUGCCGUCUGGUUUAGUGAACGGGAGGUCUCAACAGCCUGCUCCCUGGCUGUCUUUGGUAACCAGGUGGGUAUUGCCCUAGGGUUCUUGCUUCCUCCUGUUUUGAUACCCAACAUUCAGGACCGGGAAGAACUUUCCUACCACAUUAGCAUUAUGUUCUACAUGACAGGAGCUGUGGCUUCCCUACUCUUCAUCCUUGUCAUCUUUGUAUUCAAGGAGAAGCCCCAAAAUCCCCCAAGCUAUGCCCAGUAUUUGAGCUAUACCAUGGAAGGCCAAAAGGCUUCUUAUUUUGAAGGCAUUCGCCGGCUGAUGAAGAACACAAAUUUUGUGCUACUCUUAAUCAGCUAUGGUUUGAAUGCUGGUUCUUUCUAUGCCCUAUCAACAUUAUUGAAUCGCAUGGUGAUCUCCAACUACCCAGGUGAAGAAGUGAAUGCUGGCAGAAUUGGCCUGACCAUUGUCAUCGCAGGAAUGUUUGGAGCUAUGAUCUCAGGCAUCUGGCUGGAUAGAACUAAAACAUACAAACAGACAACAGUGGUGGUUUAUUCCAUGGCCCUGGUGGGCAUGGUGGUGUAUACUGUGACCUUGGACCUUGGACACCUUUGGGUUGUGUUCCUCACAGCAGGCAUUCUGGGGUUCUUCAUGACUGGGUACCUCCCCCUGGGGUUUGAAUUUGCUGUGGAACUGACAUACCCAGAAUCAGAAGGAAUGUCCUCAGGCCUCCUUAAUGUAUCUGCACAGAUAUUUGGGAUCAUUUUCACCGUCAGCCAGGGCCAGAUCAUUGACUACUUUGGAACACUGGCUGGAAAUAUCUUUCUGUGUGUCUUUCUUGCCGUAGGGACUCUCAUAACUUUGUUCAUUAAGGCAGAUCUUCGGAGGCAAAAUGCAAAUGUGCCACAUAAGAAUAAAAUCCCAGAGGAGCAGCCCCAUCAGGAGAGAGAUGUAAAUCCGUCACUUGAUGAUCACUUCUGAGAGGAGGAAGCACAGGAACCUGUGGGAAGCUGAAUUGAGGUGGCCUGGCUUCCCCCUACUUUGGUUGCCCCCAAAAGGUUCCUCACUGAGGUCUUGAGAGGGAACCAUCUAGGAUCUAAUAGCCACAACAGCAGGACCUACUCCUUCUAGAGGUCCCCUUCUAGGGACUUGGGAUGACUCGGUCAGAAUGACAGUCUCUCCCUCUCUUGCCUUGAAUUAAUGGGCACGGUGCUGUAAAAGGCCAGCAGAACAUGCUGCAGCCCAAAUCCUGACUUUGGAUGCUUGCCUCUUCCCUCUUUUUUUUGGGGGGGUGAGGCAAUUGGGGUUAAGUGACUUGCCCAGGGUCACACAGCUAGUAAGUGUUAAGUGUCUGAGGCUGGAUUUGAACUCAGGUACUCCUGAAUCCAGGGCCGGUGCUCUAUCCACUGCGCCACCUAGCUGCCCUGCCUCUUCCCUCUUAACUCUCAUUCUUCAAUGGACAAAAUCUGUAGAAUCACUAAUGGGAUGGAAGUUCCUACAGAAAUGAACUUUAGUGACUUUUUGAUCUUUAGAUGAAGCACUUUGCAAGGACUAGCUGUUACUUUAGGGGAAACAAAAUAAAACCCAGUAAAGCCUAGGCUGACC